AAGUGACCCAGAGGCGCCAGCGGCCCCGGGAGGUCCCAGGAAUUGCGCAGGACCCGGCUCCCCAGCUCGAUCGGCGGGGGGCAACAUGGGCCGCUACCGCAUCCGCGUGGCCACCGGAGCCUGGAUCUUCUCGGGGUCGCGCAACCGCGUGCGGCUCUGGCUGGUCGGGGCGCGCGGGGAGGCGGAGCUGGAGCCGCAGCUGCGGCUGGCGCGGGGUGAGGAGGAGGAGUUUGAACUCGAGGUUCCCGAAGACUUGGGGCCCCUGCAGUUCGUGAAGUUGUGCAAACAGCACUCACUGGUGGACGACGCCUGGUUUUGCGACUGCAUCACGGUGCAGGGCCCCGGAGCCUGCGAGGAAGCCGCCUUCCCAUGCUACCGCUGGGUGCAGGGAGAAGGCGUCCUGAGCCUGCCCGAGGGCACGGCCCGCCUGGCAGGAGACAACACCUUGGAUGUCUUCCAGAAGCAUCGAGAGAAGGAACUGAAGGAAAGACAACAGACCUACCGCUGGGCCACCUGGAAGGAAGGGUUACCCCUGACAAUAGCUGCAGUCUGUAAGGAUGAUUUACCUCCAAAUGUGAGAUUCCAUGAGGAGAAGAGGCUGGACUUCGAGUGUACACUGAAGGCGAGGGUUGUGGAGAUGGUUCUCAAACGUAUUUACACCCUCUUGAGCCACUGGAACCGCCUAGAAGACUUUGAUCAGAUCUUCUGGGGCCAGAAGAGUGCCCUGGCUGAGAAGGUUCACCAGUGCUGGCAGGAUGAUGAGCUUUUUGGCUACCAAUUCCUCAAUGGUGCCAACCCCAUGCUGUUGAGACGCACCACCUCUCUGCCCACCAGGCUGGUGCUGCCCUCAGGGACAGAGGAGCUUCGGGCCCAGUUGGAGAAAGAACUCCAGAACGGUUCCCUGUUUGAGGCUGACUUUAUCCUGCUGGAUGGAAUUCCAGCCAAUGUGAUCCGAGGAGAGAAGCAGUACCUGGCUGCUCCCCUCGUCAUGCUGAAGAUGGAACCCAGUGGGAAGCUGCUACCCAUGGUCAUCCAGAUUCAGCCCCCCAAUUCCAGCUCCCCAACCCCAACACUGUUCCUGCCCUCAGAUCCUCCACUUGCCUGGCUCUUGGCCAAGUCCUGGGUCCGAAAUGCAGAUUUCCAACUGCAUCAGCUCCAAUACCAUCUGCUGAACACUCAUCUGGUGGCCGAGGUCAUCGCUGUUGCCACCAUGAGGUGCCUCCCAGGACUGCACCCCAUCUACAAGCUCCUGGUCCCUCAUAUCCGCUACACUAUGGAAAUCAACACCCGGGCCCGGACCCAGCUCAUCUCAGAGAGAGGAAUAUUUGAUCAGGCAGUAAACUCAGGUGGAGGGGGCCAUGUGCAGUUGCUCCGUCAGGCAAUGGCUCAGCUGACCUACUGCUCCCUCUGUCCUCCUGAUGACCUGGCUGAACGAGGCCUGCUGGGAAUCCCAGGUGCUCUGUAUGCCCACGAUGCUUUGCAGCUGUGGAAGAUCAUUGCCAGGUAUGUGGAGGGGAUUGUCCACCUCUUCUACCAGAGGGAUGACGUCGUGAGGGGGGACCCUGAGCUGCAGGCAUGGUGCCAGGAGAUCACUGAGGUGGGGCUAUGCAAAGCUCAGGACCGAGGUUUCCCUAUCUCCUUCCAGUCCCAGGAUGAACUCUGCCAUUUCCUUACCAUGUGUAUCUUCACAUGCACUGCCCAGCAUGGGGCCAUCAACCAGGGCCAGCUGGACUGGUAUGCCUGGGUCCCUAAUGCCCCAUGCACAAUGCGGAUGCCCCCACCUACCACCAAGGAAGAUGUGACAAUGGCCACGGUGAUGGGGUCACUACCUGAUAUCCAGCAGUCCUGUCUUCAAAUGACCAUCACAUGGCAUCUGGGUCGCCGUCAGCCAGAUAUGGUGCCUCUGGGGCAUCACAAAGAAAACUAUUUCUCAAGUCCCAAGGCCAAAGCUGUGCUAAGGCAAUUCCAAACAGAUCUGAGAAACCUGGAAAAUGAGAUUACAGCCCGGAAUGAGCAACUUGACCUGCCCUAUGAAUACCUAAAACCCAGCCACAUAGAGAACAGUGUCACUAUCUAAGCCCUAAAUGCCGUGCCUGGAUGAUUUCAGGUUGCUUUAGGACUAUUUCUAUCUUGAAUUUGAUGCUUUCCUAAGUUUCUUCUGCUAAAGCUCUAAUCCCCCCCCCCAACUAAAUCCUCUAAUCAGUAUCCCACUGGCCCAGAGGACAGUAUGUAUUUUCUGUAAAGAACCAGGUAUUUUAGGCUUUGUAUGCCACACCAUCUUUGCCACAAUUGCUCUCCCACUGUAGUAGCCACAAUUUGUAAGCAAGUAAAUGUGAUUGUGUUCCAAUAAACUUUAUUUAUGAACACUGA